GUUGUAUUAAGGGGCGCCUAUGCCAAGACCAACCAUGCAAUGCAGCUGAGGUGUAAGACUCGUUCACGAUCUGCACUCAUGGGCGCUAGAGCAGCAGGCUCUCGGGGAUGAUUAAUGUAUUUGGAUCCUGCGACAGCCCUGAAAUUCAUAGACUGGCUAGGUACAGGUUAGGUAGCUACUUAGUGCAUACCUGUUUUUUUUUUGCUUCAGUUGGCAGACACAAGCUCUUCUGCAGAGCACCGACACCAUGGCGCCAAAUGGAGAAUAUGUUGAAAUGAUGCCUACUGGGGCUCUGGCAUUCAGAAUUCGAAGCAUGAAGCCCGUAAGCAAGCCCGCAGACACUUUCUAUCGCAACUUGGAAGAAGCUCUAGACCAAAGACGUGCCGCCUAUAACCUCCGCUGCGUAGUGGAGAGUGAGUGGCAGACCAUGUUAGACAUGAUAGACUUCUCCUCCAACGACGUACUCUCUUGGAACGCGAGAGGUACCUUGCGGGGUAAAUUCCUCGAUGAACUCGCCCAGCACCCGAACUUUAACCCAGGCGCCGGAGGCUCACGGCUCCUUGACGGCUUUUACUCAUACCUUGAGGCCACAGAGAGGGAGAUCGCUGAGUUCCAUAGCGCGGAGGCUGGCCUGAUUGUUAAUUCGGGAUUCGAAGCGAAUCUAGCCGUGUGGAAGGCGAUCCCGCGACCGGGUGAUGUGAUUGUAUACGACUCACUAGUACAUGCGAGCACACAUGAGGGUCUGGGCCUGAGCCUAGCUAUGCAGAAAGUUGAAUUUUUGCACAGCGAAACUAAAUCUUUCCGGGAGGUGUUACUCUCGGUACUAGACUCGCAACCGCUGAUCAAGCAAGGAAAGCGGUGCGUUCUCGUGGCUGUCGAGAGCGUGUAUAGCAUGGAUGGUGAUGUUUGCCCGCUACAAGAGCUCAUUGAUGUAGCAGAUGAGGUUUUCCAAGGGCAGGAUAACAUCAAGUUUUUUGUUGAUGAAGCACACAGCACGGGCGUCUUUGGUCCAAACGGCUCCGGGCUCGUUCGUGAGCUCGGCCUAGAAAGCCGGGUAGCCGUGCGAGUGCACACUUUUGGAAAGGCGAUUGGUGCGACCGGAGCAUGCAUCCUAGGACACAAGACCAUAAAGUCCGCCCUUCUCAACUUUGCGCGGUCAACAACGUUCACUACAGCGCCGUCAUUCCCCUUCGUCGCAGCCAUCAAGGCGGGGUACAAUCUGCUGCAGAGCGAAGAGGGACGGCAGUCUAUGGACCGCCUGCAGCACAUCGCUCAGCUCUUCUACAAAACACUAACGACACACCCUCUGUGGCAAAAGGCCCGAAAUGAAGGUAUUCUUUGGGUCCCCUUAGCCGACGGCUGGGAGAGCCGCUCCUUUCUUACCCAUAUAGUGCCGAUCUGGACGCGUCAAAAAUACCUCUACUGGCUGUACUUCCACUUGUUGUCUUCAGGUUACUGCACCUGGCCGAUUGAGCACCCAGUCGUAGCGCCGGGUCAGGGUCGCAUCAGGAUGACUGUCCAUGCAGCUAAUACGGAGGCGCAGAUCGAGAAUUUUGUGAGCUCGAUGUUUGCAUGGGUGGAGGAGAUUUUGGCCAUUGAGGAGGGAGCAACGGAAGCGAAGGCAUCAAAGGCGGCGGCCAAGGUAUAUGAGUGGAUGCGAAGCGAAGGGCUGGAGGGGUGGGGGUUGGUGUAGAUUAUAUUGAACUGGCAUAUUGUAGUUUAAGCCCCCAAGUCACACCACAUGUUGUUGGUUGGUAACAAGUCAGUGCGAUGAGACAACAGGAGCAGAUACUCCGUUUUCCGAGAUAGUUCAGUACUUACCAAUAAAUUUUCUAAACUGUGUAAGAUUCUG